ACGGGCCGGGGCCGCUACCGGCGGCCACGUGGGAGGCCCGCGCCGCCGCCAACCCCCGUCGGCCAGCGGGCUCGGGCGCGGGGCCGCGUGACCUUGGGGCGGCCGGGCCUCGCGCUCGCUCCUGGUCGCCGGGCCGCGGUCGGGCCCAGGCCUCCCGCUCGAUCUUCGCGGGCCCCGCACCGAGACGGCCCCCGCCCGCCCGCGGCCCGCGCAAAGCCCCAUUCAUCCAGUGCUGGUUCCCGAGCCGCCACCGGCCUCCGCUCCCGCGCGGCCCGGCGGGCGGCCUGUGGCGGCGGGGGCCCGGGGAUGGCCGUGCGGCCCGGUGCGAUCCGGCCGAGGAGCCGGCGAAGGCCUGCCUUUUUGGGCAGAGCCCGGGAGCUAAGUCUGGGCGUCUUAUACUCCUGGGCUAUGGAUUGCCAAGCCACGUGCUCCGACACCCACGAGGACCACGACACCUCCACCGAGAAUGCCGACGAGUCCAACCAUGACCCCCAGUUUGAACCAAUAGUUUCUCUUCCUGAGCAAGAAAUUAAAACGCUGGAAGAAGAUGAAGAGGAGCUUUUUAAAAUGCGGGCCAAGCUGUUCCGGUUCGCUUCAGAGAACGACCUCCCGGAGUGGAAGGAGCGGGGCACUGGGGACGUCAAGCUGCUGAAGCACAAGGAGAAGGGGACCAUCCGCCUCCUCAUGCGCAGGGACAAGACCCUCAAGAUCUGCGCCAACCACUACAUCACGCCGAUGAUGGAGCUGAAGCCGAACGCAGGCAGUGACCGUGCCUGGGUCUGGAAUACCCACGCAGACUUCGCCGAUGAGUGCCCCAAGCAGGAGCUGCUGGCCAUCCGCUUCCUUAACGCCGAGAAUGCACAGAAAUUCAAAACAAAGUUUGAAGAAUGCAGGAAAGAGAUUGAAGAGAGAGAAAAGAAAGGAUCUGGCAAAAAUGAUAGUUCCGAGAAAGUAGCUGAGAAGCUAGAAGCUCUUUCGGUGAAGGAGGGCAAGGAGCCCGAGAAUGAGACCAAGGAGCCCGAGAACGAGACCAAGGAGGUGGCUGAGGAGGAGCAAUGAGUCGGCUCCCGUUGUGUUCUUUCUCCCUGUCUUUUCCCUUUUUCUUUUUUUAAAUUUUGCCCUGCACCCUUCUUUUUGGUUUGUUUUUAUUCUGUUUUGUUUUUACAAGGGACUUUAUAUAAAGAACUGGCUUCCAACAUUCAGGUUGUUUUUUUCUAAGUUUUUGCCCUAAUGAAGACGACUUCAGAAAAUCCAUUACCCAGUCGUGAGAAUGUACUGUGCUAACUUUCUUUUCCAUAGUGGAAACACUUAUUUAUAGUCAUCAAAAUAGCAAAUAAACAACACGUUUGAAACUUG